CAGGACGUACUCAUUUCUUUAUUUAUUAUUUAGAUAGAUCGGGUGUAGUGUCAAGUUUUUCGUUUAAAAAAUGGCUCCAUUAAGUGGAAAAGUUUGCAUUGUAACUGGUGCCACGCGAGGAAUCGGUAAAGGGAUCGCCCUUCAACUUGCGGAAAAGGGGGCAAAGGUCUACAUAACCGGAAGGACGCUGGAUCCCCCGAAAGAUUCGAGUAUCGGCGGCUCGUUACGUGACACUGCACGUGAGAUUGAGGCUCGUGGCGGCACGUGUAUUCCGGUACAGUGUGAUCACUCCAACGACAAGGAUAUCGAGCAGUUGUUUGAGACUGUUAAACGUGAAAACGAUGGACGGUUGGACAUUCUCGUGAAUAACGCGUAUUCUGCUGUUAACGCUAUAUUUUCAUCCAUGGGGAAACCUUUUUACGAACAGCCAACGUCAAUGUGGGAUACUGUUAACAACGUCGGCCUACGGAAUCAUUAUAUUUGUUCUGUGCUCGCUUCCCGGCUAAUGGUUCCAAGAAAGCAAGGACUGAUAGUGAAUAUCUCUUCCGCUGGCGGUCUACGCUACCUUUUCAACGCCGCUUAUGGAAUAGGCAAGGAGGCGUGCGAUCGUAUGGCCGCGGAUUGUGGCUUUGAAUUACGUAAACAAAACGUCGCAUUUGUUAGUCUAUGGCCGGGUGCUGUCGGCACGGAGACCGUUCUUGAUAAGUUCGGAGGCGGCGCGGCCGACACCAUAGACUCGGAAAACGUUCCACAAAGGUAUCAAGAUAAAAAGAAAAUGUUGGAACUUUUCCAAAAGGGCGAGACUCCGGAGUUUGCUGGACAGUGUAUUGCGGCCCUCGCCAGCGACCCCGACGUUAUGCCAAUGAGCGGAAAAAUAUUGACGACGUUUGACCUAGGACAGAAGUACGGGCUGCAGGACGCCCCUGGUCAUGCCCCGAUGGACAUGCGUUCAAUAAAACUUGGACUACUCCAAGGUGGAUACACAUGGAUUGCGGCGCUGACUCCAGGAUUUGUGCGUGUCCCUAAAUGGCUGCUCUCUCUUGGUGGGAAUAAAUUCUGAAGUAUUGGACAUAUGACUGACCUUCUCAAAUUUACGCAUGAGAUGAGUUUGUUUAUGUAUAUAUUUGCAUAUAAUUGUGAUAAAACGAAGUGCAAUCCAUAUUAUGGAACGACUUCGUAGCUUCAUUGUGUAAGGCCUGGAUGGCUUUGACGAAACUUCUGAAGUGAUGUCAGAUGGAAAUUGACGCGCAACUCUUUUUUCUUUUUUUCUUGAACCACUGUCAUUGAUCAUCUCAUACUCUAUUUGUAAAUAAUUUGUAUUACAAAUGAUUAUUGAAAAA